AUGAGUGAUUUUGAAACAUUAGAAAAUGAUUUAGGGAAUAAAUACUGCAAUUUCCAAGAAAUUGGUUUUGGUUCUUUCGCUACAGUGUUUCAUGCAGAAUGUCUAACUACAAAAAAAAAUGUUGCAAUUAAAGUAUUUAUUUAUUAUUAAAAUAGAUGAUUAGUAAAUAAGGAUUAUAAGUUCAAAUUUUACACUAUUUAAAUUAAGAAAUAGAAAUUUUGAAAAGAUGUAAUCAUGAAAACAUUAUUAAAUUUUAUGAAAAAUAUGAAACAAUGAAUACUGUUUAUAUUGUGUUAGAAGAAUGUAAGAAGGAUCUAGGUGUUUUAUUUGAAGAAUAUUUUGAUUGUGAAAUGCCAGAGAAAUAUGUGAUAUUUAUAAUUCUAUAAUUGAUCGAAGGUUUUAAAUAACUACACUAAUAAUUCAUAAUUCAUAGAGAUAUAAAACUUGAAAAUAUUAUGGUAUAAAUGACAGAUUAUUAAUUGGAAUAAUUGAAACAAAGAUAAUUUGAUGUUCUGUUUUCAGCAAAAUUUAAGAUAGCUGAUAUGGGAUUAUCUAAAUAACUAGCAAGUUAAACAGAUCUAGCAUAAACUUAUGCAGGAUCACCAAUGACUAUGGGUAUUAUAUUAUUUAAAUAUAGCACCUGAAAUACUUGAAAAUAAAUCAUAUGGAAGAUAAGCAGAUAUUUUCUCUUUAGGAGUCAUCAUGUUUUAAAUGUUAUUUGGGAGAUUUCCUUUUAAAAAUGAGAAGGAUCACAUAAGUGAAAUAAAAAAGCAAACUAUUUCCUUUUAAGAUUCAUAAAUUUAGAUUUCAAAUUCUAUGAAAACUAUCAUUUAAUCUAUGUUAAAGUAUGAUCCUAAUUAAAGAAUAUAACUUAAUGAAUUAAAAUAAGAAUUAACUAAUUUAUUAAAAGAAAAUAAAAUUAUAUUUGAAUUUGAUGAUGAUUAAGAUUAAGAUUAAGAAAAUUAAUCAGAAUAGGAUAUUGAAGAAGGAACUGAAAAAUAUGAAGUAGAAUAAUAAUAAGAAAAUGAUGAAUAAUUCGAAAUAUUAACUAUAGAUAAAAAUGAUGAUGAUAAAAUUAUUGAAGAAUUAUACAAUCAAAGAAAAUAAUAUUUAUUGUUGGCUAAAGCACAUUAAUAAAUUUAUGAAUAGGAUAUUGUUGAUCAAUUUUAUAAUUAUGAUUAAUAUUAAGAGUGUGCUUAAUAAUUGUAUUUUCAUUUAAAAUCUUAAUUGAAUGAAGAAUAAUACCAUCAUGUAUAGGCAUGUUAAUAUUUAAAAGAAUUAAUUUCAAAUGAAGAUUAUCAUUUAUUUAAUACACAAGAAAUUGUUUAAGAUUAUAAAUAAGAAUCAAUCUUAGGAUUUAUAAAGUAGUCAAUAUUUGGAACUCCAUAAAAAUAAUCAUUAGAAAGUUAGUUAAAUGGAAUAAGAUAAUUAAAUUUACAAUUAAUAGAGAAUUUGAGAAAUGAAAUUAAAAAUGAUAAAUAAUAAUACUUAUUAAUUACUUUAGUUCAAUUAGAAAUGUUUUUUAAAAAACAAACCUAGGAAUAUGAAAAAUUAGACUAUAAUUUAUUUAAUUUAGAUUAAGAAACAUUAGAUUAAGAUCCUAAAUAAUUGUAAAAUAUCUUGGAUUAAAUAUUCACUAAUAUCCUAACUUGA